AGUGAGGAUUGGGGAUCAAAGGAGGGGGGCGAAUUGGGUGGAGGUCAAGUGUCAAGUGUGAGGGUGGGCGUAGGAGAGUAGACAUUGGAAGUACGGGAUCGCCAGCAAGCAUUAUGGUCGAAUCACAGCUCCACGUUGGGGACGUGGAAGGGCAUUACUUGCCUAUAUUCAUUAUUACAUGGCGAUAUUUGGUGAUGGAAUGUGACGGGGCAGUAGUAGCAGCAACAGCGACAGGCUUACGAAGAAGAAGAAGAAGAAGAAGAAGAAGAAGAAUAAGAAAAGAGUGCACUAAGUCAUAUGAUGUUGUGAUUAGUUUUUUUUUCUGUUCACCGGAGAGGGAGGGCAUGUUGUUGUGAUCUUGUUACGAGUAUGCUAUCAAUAAUGAUGACGACCCUCCACGUAUGCACUCCACCUAGGUAGUUUACAAUGUUAGUUGGUU